CCAACCUGUAGAGAUCCUUUUCUCCUUCUUUAGUGUCCAACCUGGCAUACAUGUCCUCAUAUGCCUCUUGUUUGGCCUUUGCCACUUCUACCUUUGCCCUAUGUCGCAUCUCAAUGUAUUCCUUUCGCCUCUCCUCGUUGCUCUGUUUCCCACUUCUUCUUAGCUAACCUUUUUCCUUGUAUGAUUUCCUGUCCUGUGAGGUUCCACCACCUUGUCUCCUUCUCUCCUGCCUGCCUCUCUGAUCACCUUGGCUGCAGUGGUUAAGUCUUCUGGAAGCUCCUCCCGUCCACCGAGAGCCUGUCUCAUCUCUUCCCGAAAAGCUGCAUAACACUCACACCAAUACAUACUUUUAAUUGACUUUUUUUUUGCGGUGGACAGACUUAUUAUCUAUGAAAUAUUGUAUCAAGGUUUGUUUACUUGGAUAAUCAUGGUUUUCUAGCCAUAAUUAUUAACUCAAAUGACAAGUAAAGAACUUUUGGUAACAAUUCAAAUGUGUUGGGCUGGAUGUUCAUUGUCAUUGUCCAUGGUGCUGGAAUUGCUUGGAGCUGACAAUUCAGACAAACAAAUGAAGUUGUAGCAGCUAUUCAACCUCGUUCGUUCUUCUUUUGACUGCGUUUUCUAUUCGGUGAAACCAAUUUCCUCCGUAGUUAUGUAUUAACACCUUAUUUUCGUGGUUGUAUUGUUGUUUAAAGUUCAGGGACAUCAUCUGUCUCAACAUUUGUUCAUGAUGUCAUACCUUCUGUUGAUUUUUGAAAAUAGUCUGGAUUCAAAUUUGAAAACAUUCUUCCCAAUCAAAAUAAAAAUAUCUGUUAAUUACAUAUUUGUCUAUUUUUUAAAUUCAACUUAAAAAUAGUGCAUUUUUUAGUUGGAAAGGGGAGAAGGAGCUUUGGUGGUGGAACCUCAAAGUAAAGAAAAUCAUUCAAGGAAAGAGGUUAGCUGAGAAGAAGUGGAACACUGAGGGGAGGAGAAAUGAAUACAUUGAGAUGCGAUGUAGGGCAAAGGUCGAGGUGGCAAAGGCCAAACGAGGCAUAUGCAUGCCAGGUUGGACACUAAAGAAGGAGAAAAGGAUCUAUACAGGUUGGCCAGACAGAGGGAGAGAGAUGGGAAGGAUGUGCAGCAGGUUAGGGUGAUUAAGGACAGAGAUGGAAAUGUGUUGACUGGUGCCAGCAGUGUGCUAGCUCGAUGGAAAGAAUACUUUGAGGAGUUGAUGAAUGAGGAAAAUGAGAGAGAAGGGAGAGUAGAAGAGGCAAGUGUGGUGGACCAGGAAGUGGCAAUGAUUAGUAAGGGGGAAGUUAGAAAGGCAUGAAAGAGGAUGAAAAAUGGGAAGGCUGUUGGUCCUGAUGACAUUCCUGUGGAGUUUUGGAAGCAUCUCGGAGAGGUGGUUGUGGAGUUUUUGACCAGCUUGUUCAACAGAAUUCUAGCGGGUCAGAAGAUGCCUGAGGAAUGCGAGCAACAGUAUGGUUUUCUGCCUAGAAAGAGUAACACAGAUGCAUUAUUUGCCUUGAGGAUGUUGAUGGAAAAGUACGGAAGGUAAGAAGGAGCUACAUUGUGUCUUUGUAGAUCCAGCGAAAGCCUAUGACAGAGUACCCAGAGAGGAACUGUGGUACUGCAUGCGGAGGUCAGGAGUGGCAGAGAAGCAUGUUAGAAUAAUACAGGACAUGUCCGAGGGCAGCAGAACAGUGGAUAGGUGUGACAAAGGAGGUGGAGGUGGGAGUGCAUCAGGGAUCAGCCCCGAGCCCCUUCCUGUUUACAGUGGUAAUGGAUGGGCUGACAGAUGAGAUUAGACUGGAAUCCCCGUGGACCAUGGUGUUCGCAGAUGACGUCGAGAUCUGCAGUGAAAGCAGGGAGCAGGUGGAGGAAACUUUAGGAAAGUGGAUACCAAUACGUUCCUUUUGUCCUUUUAAAAAAAAAAAAAAAAAAACAUUUUCCGCGUACAGAUUUAUUACAUAUGAAAUAUUUUAUCAAGGAUUGUUUAUUUGGAUAAUCAUAGUUUUCUAGCCAUGAUUAUGAACCAAAAUGAAAAGUAAAGAACCUUUGGUAACAGUUAAUAUGUUGGGCUGGAUGUUCAUUGUCGUUGUCCAUGGUGCUGGAAUUUCUUGGAGCUGACAAUUCAGACAUACAAAUGAAGUUGGAGCAGCUAUUCGACCUCGUUCGUUCUUCUUUUUGACAGCGUUUUCUAUUCGCUGAAAUAAAUUUCCUCCGUAGUUAUGGAUUAACACCUUAUUUUCGUGGUUGUAUUGUUGUUUGAAGUUUAGGUAUCAUAUCUGUGUCAUCAUUCUCAACAUUUGUUCAUGUUGUCAUACCUUUUGUUGAUUUUUUUAAAAAUAGUCUGGAUUGAAUAUUGAAUGCAUUCUUUCCAAACUAAAUAAAAAUAUCAGUUAAGUAUAUAUGUAUUUUUUUAAAUAAAACUUUUGCAAAAGAAAACGCUAUUUAUGAAAUUAUUUUAACAUCAUCUUGAGAUCAAUAUUUUUGUGCAGCAUUUUUUUCACAUUGUCAUAUUGGUAAAAUAGAAAAUGUAAACAACCCGAUUCCAAAAGCGUUAAGUACAACAUCCAAUUGUCCAGUCUUGCUAUUUUGUUAUUUUGUGGCCCCAGAUUAUUAAAAAUAAAAAAAUUAAAAAAAAUCAGUUUCCGUUGGCAAUCACAUGGAGGUGCACUACCGCCAAAAUGCUCUGAGCGCCGCUCGUGCUACGUCAUUGAAUUCGAAGGAAACUCGUCCGUGCAGCAGUCCUCCUCUCGGACUCCUUUUCGAGCUUCGCAGACGAGAAAGACGACGCUCUGCUCGCCAUUCGACGAGGAACGUUUUCCGUGGAUUCUCGUGUUUGAUUCGGUUUUUAUUGUCAAGGAUUCCUGUCGGUGUUUGGAUAUUUUCGGAUCCGCGAUGGAGCGUCUGUGGAUGCGCGCUGUCAGAGGCCGAUGGCGCACACUGUUUGUCGUUCUUUGUCUCUGUGAGCUGCGCUCCGUGAGCGGACAGGCUCGCUAUUCCAUACCGGAGGAGCAGGCGGAAGGCUCUUUCGUGGGGAACAUUGCGAGAGAUUUGGGCUUGGAUGUGGCCAGACUAGUAGCAGGUAAAGCUCGUAUUAUUAGCAAAGGAGGCCGACAGUAUGUUGAUUUAAAGCCAGACAAAGGCACACUUGUCAUUCAAGAGCGCAUCGACCGAGAGGAGCUUUGUGGAAAGACGACGCCCUGCAGCUUCACUUUCGACAUCAUUUUAGAAAAUCCCAUCCAACUUUAUCGCGUGACAGUGGAGGUUGUGGACAUGAAUGACAACAGUCCGUCCUUCCCUCAGUCGGAAAUUCAUUUGAAAAUCACUGAAAAUGCUGCAGUGGGCACUCGUUUCUCACUCGAGAAUGCGGAUGACUCUGAUGUUGGAAUUAAUGAUGUUCAAAAAUACAUACUUAAACCGUUAGAAAAUUUUAAAUUGGAAAUACAAAACCAACCAAAUGGCAGGAAAGUUAUUGAAAUGGUUUUAGAGAAGCCUUUAGACCGAGAACAGGAGGAGAGCCUGACACUCAUGCUGAUUGCGUCAGAUGGUGGCGAGCCACAUCGGUCAGGGACGGCGAGAAUUCAAAUCACUGUGCUGGACGCCAACGACAACGCGCCAGUGUGCACUCAACCUGUUUACAAGGUCGAUGUGCGAGAAAAUUCACCUGCAGGAACCUUGAUCGCGACUGUGAGUGCAAGCGACGCUGAUGCGGGCCUCAACGGUGAUGUCACAUAUUCCACUCGUUCUACCAAAGAGCAGUUGUUUGAUGUAAAUGUUAAAACAGGAGAUAUUAAAAUUACCAGUAAUAUAGAUUUUGAAAAAUCACGGAGUUUUGAAUUAAACGUCCAGGCCAGUGACCAUGGAGGUUAUACAGACACAUGUAAGGUUUUCAUCAACAUAAUUGAUGAGAACGACAACGUCCCCACAAUCAAGUUGAUGUCCUUUUCUCAGUCCAUACCUGAGGAUUCUCCCCCAGGUGCAACCGUGGCUGUUUUUAACGUGAAUGAUGACGACGCUGACGGCAACGGUGUUGUCAAGUGUGCCAUUAACGCUGACGUCCCGUUUAAAAUCGAGUCUUCGUUAGCGGGUUACUACACUAUAGUGACCGAAAACUUCUUAGACCGGGAAAGCGUCCCCGAAUAUAACGUGACCAUAACAGUGUCCGACCAAGGCUCUCCGCCUCUGUCUAGUAGUCAAAACGUCAACGUUCAAAUAUCCGACGUGAACGACAACCCGCCCGAAUUCCAUCAGUCGGAAUACAGGAAGACCGUAGCAGAGAACAACCCUCCCGGUUUUUCCGUCUUGACCGUCAGUGCCGGUGACGCAGACUGGGGCCGGAACGCUCGAGUGUCUUACUUCCUGGAGGAGAAAGAAGUUCACGGAGCAGCCGUGUCUUCUUUUGUCUCGGUCCAUCCGGAGAGCGGCGUCGUCCGCGCGCUCCGAUCCUUCGAUUACGAACAAAUCAAGUCCUUCGACUUCAACGUGAGCGCCCGCGACUCCGGAUCCCCUCCGCUGAGCUCCGCGGCCGCCGUUCGCAUCCUGAUCCGGGACCAGAACGACAACGCCCCUCAGGUCCUGUACCCGGUCCAGCCGCACGCCGAAAUGGUGCCUCGUUCGGCAGACGCGGGCUAUCUGGUGACUAAAGUGGUGGCCGUGGAUGUGGACUCUGGACAGAACGCCUGGCUCUCCUAUAAAGUGCAGCACAAAUUUGGGGGCGCAGACAGGGGGGCGCUGUUUGAAGUGGGCCUCCACAAUGGAGAAAUGCGAACUGUCCGCCAAGUGACUGAUAAAGAUGCUGUCAAACAAAGACUGACUGUCGUAGUGGAGGACAACGGGCAGCCCUCUCGUUCGGCUACGGUCGCGGUCAACGUGGCGCUGGCGGACGGCUUCUCCGAAGUGCUGAGGUCGGAGUUCGCCGACGACUUUAGCGAGGACUACGACGACCGGCUGACUUUUUACUUAGUCUCGGCUUUGGCCGCGGUCUCCUUCCUCUUCGUCGCCUGCUUGCUGCUUAUCGUGUCGCUCAAAGUGUACAGGUGGAGACGGUCUCGCGUCCUGUACCGCUCCGACCUCCCCGUCAUUCCGUAUUAUCCGCCGCGCUACUGCGACACGUUGGGGACGGCGGGGACGCUCCCGCACGUCUACAACUACGAGGCGUGCGCCGCCGCCAAGAGUCAUGUGACGAACACGCAAGCCGUGAGUCAAAGUUUAGUGAGUGUGGACGGAGCGGACGCUGACGUGCCGCACGGCGGCGAGCAGACGUCGGGGAACUGCUCUCGGAUGUCGACUUUGGUGAGUCAAUUGUUUCUCUGUUUCAUGACUUUUACUGCUUCUCGAGGUUGUAUGACUUGUUUUGCUUUGUUGCUGAAAGGUUGAUCUUUUGAACUUAAUGCAAAUCUUGUAACUUAGAACAAGCUUGUUCAAAUAAUUGUUGAUACUCAGUUGACUUUGUAGUUUGUAAAUUUGCAUACUUCCAAGCAGGGCUUGACAUUUGCUUUUUUGGCCAGUGGUUUCCCAGAGGUACUAACCACUCAGCAUUUUUACUCGCUUCACUUUUAAUGUUAUGUUUUAUAUGAUCACAGCUUGAUUAAAGAACUACAACAGCCAAUCAUAGUGUAGCGGCGCGUGUCCUGGAGCCAGUAAUAUUGGAGCAGGGUGUGUCCUUCCCAGAAACUAUGUGGGAAUACUAAUCACGCAAGACUGGGAUGCACCUAUUUCCGUGUCACAGACGUGCAAUAUGAACAGGUUCAACCAUUCCUAUUUGGCGGCCAUGUUGAAUGUGGCAACAUUCAAUUGACGUGGUGGCCAUGAUGGCACGAGUUCUAUCUGUUUUCGCAUAAAGCUCUACGCAGAGAAGAGCGCACAUGGCUGCAGUAUUCACUCAACGAGGAAUACAACACAUAAAUCCCUGGAGUCUGGAACAUGCUAUUUAUGGUACGGUAACAGUUUAAAAAAAAAAAAAAUUAUUAUUAUUUUUUUUAGUCAAGCUGUACGUCAAUGGCAACACAUUUGGAAUUCGGAAGCACACUAAUUUGUCACGACUCACGAAAGCAAGCGGCCUAUGGCAAAUACGUCAGCACUUUCUACAUCAAGCACGUCAGCGUCGUAAGUUUGGAUAAAAUAUAAAACUUUUCCAACAUUUCCAAGUUUUUAAAAAAUAUGUAUUACCAAUAACUUGGUACUUUUAUGUGCAUUUUAGGCCAUGAAAAAGCACAAAGCCACUUUUGUACUGUCCAGUAAUAUGGGUGCAAAUGGCCACCAAAAAAAGGCUUCAAUCGAACGGGCAAUCAGCUGUAACAGACGAUCCUCUGACCAUAAUCGUCUGUUUAAUUGAGGUUCCACUGUAUGUUAUUAUUCUGGAAGUCGACAUUGUAAAGAUGUAGCCUCAUCAGUAAUGUUUUUUUUAUUGUUGCCAUAUGACAUAAUGAUAAGAGGGAGUGUACGAGUCGUGCAUUGUACUUUUCCAAAUAAUGUUUCGCUCGCCCCAAAGUGAGCAGUGAGCUCCUCCUGCAGUCGUGUCUCUGUCCAUGGUGCUGAAGGGCAGCUUCCAAGGGAUUUGUUGACCAGCGCUCGUUCUGAAGAAUUCCAAUCAAUAAUCAUCAUUUAUAUCACUUGUAUUAC